CACCGCGAACACCGCCCUGCCAGGAGGCGGCAGCAGCAGCAGCAACCCGGAGCCACUCCGAAGCGCACCGCGCCGCCGCCACAUGCCGGCCAGCCCCGGCCCCUCCCGCCGCCUCGUCCCGUCCCGCCCCCGCGUGUAACCGGGCCGCUCCGCUCGCAGCCGCCGCGCCGCUCCUGUCCCGUCUCGUCUCGGCCCCGAAAUGCCCCUUUUCAGCGUGCCCAAAGAAGUGGCCAUCGGGACGGCGAUGCUGGGGGUCGCCUUUGCCACUGGGAUGCUCGCAGGUAAAAGAUACCCUUUAAUUUUUGGGACAUCCAAAUCACCCAGGAGUAUUACUGGGAAAAACAGUCCUGUCUGGCAAUACAUGCUGGAUCACUCUUUGCGGGAACAUCCAAUUCUAAAGAAACUGCGACUGCUCACCGCUGAGCAUCCCUGGGGUAGAAUAAUGGUGUCCUGUGACCAGGCUCAGCUUAUGGCAAAUUUGGUCAAACUCAUUAAAGCCAAGAAAGUUAUUGAAAUAGGUGUUUUCACAGGUUAUAAUACCUUGAAUAUGGCACUUGUCCUGCCAGAUAAUGGCAGAGUUGUUGCCUGUGAUAUAAAUGAGGAUGAUGUCAACAUUGGAAAACCACUGUGGAAGGAGGCAGGAGUAGAGCAUAAAAUUGACCUACGGAUAAAGCCAGCAGUUCAAACACUUGAUGAACUGCUGGCCAGUGGAGAAGCGGAAACCUUUGACUUUGUUUUCAUUGAUGCGGAUAAAGAAAGCUACAAUGAGUACUAUGAAAAAAGUUUGCGCCUCGUAAAAAAAGGGGGAAUAAUAGCUAUUGAUAAUGUCCUACGGGGUGGAAGGGUGCUAAACCCAAGAAAGGAUGACUUGGCAACUCAGAGCAUCCACCACCUGAAUGAAAAGCUGCUCAGAGAUACACGGGUCAAUAUCAGCAUGAUCCCAAUGGGGGAUGGAGUCACAUUAGCAUUCAAGUUGUAACUGAAGGAAUCCCAGCAGAUGGGAGACACAAGCAGCAUCAAAUAAUAAGGAAAAAUGCAGGCAGUAUCAAAAAUAUUCAGUUAACCUGUAUCUCCACUGGAUAGCAUAGUCUGGGAAAGUAGACUUUAGGAGCAGCAAGAUCCUAAAGGCAGCUCAGUUGAGAAGAGACUCAUUUUGAGAUUCACUACGGUUUCUUAUUCUAAUUGUAAUAAAGCAAAUAAAGUUAUGUGAAGUUGUCUUUGUAA